GAGCCCAGACUCGAUUAGCAGAGUGCCGAGCUCCCGGGAGCUGUCAGGUUGUUUUCCAGGACACGAUGAGGCUGAUCGGGCUGAGGAGAGGGGCGGGGCUGCUGAGGCUCACCGCGUUGGCAGAAUACAACACAUCUUACAGAGUACUAUCUAAUUUGUCAAAUGAUCAGAAGGACCUCAUCCAAAAUGGGCCAGACCUGCGUGAGUUUAUAUCGGGAGACUUAACAGACAAAACUACAUGGGCUGAAUACAAGGGAAAUCUGAAGCGCCAGAAAGGAGAGCGAUUAAGACUCCCACCUUGGGCAAAGACUUCAAUUCCAAUGGGCAAAAAUUACAAUAAACUGAAAAACACCUUACGGACCCUGAAUCUCCACACUGUAUGUGAAGAGGCUCGGUGCCCCAACAUCGGAGAGUGCUGGGGUGGUGGAGAGUAUGGCACUGCUACAGCAACCAUCAUGUUAAUGGGAGAUACGUGUACCCGAGGCUGCCUAUUCUGUUCAGUAAAAACUUCCAGAAAACCUCCUCCACUGGACCCAGAGGAGCCAUACAACACUGCUAAAGCCAUAGCAGAAUGGGGACUGGACUAUGUGGUUCUCACCUCUGUGGAUAGAGAUGAUCUCACAGAUGGAGGUGCUGAACACUUUGCAAAAACUGUGUCUCACUUGAAAGAAAGAAAUCCUAAAAUACUUGUUGAGUGUUUAACACCAGACUUCCGAGGAGAUAAGAAAGCUGUAGAAACCAUUGUUCAUUCCGGUCUAGAUGUCUUUGCUCACAAUGUGGAGACUGUGCCAGCUUUACAAAGGUAUGUUCGUGACCCUCGGGCUAAUUUUGAACAGUCUAUUAGUGUCUUGAGGCAUGCAAAACAUAUCCAUCCAGACAUUGUAACAAAAACCUCCAUCAUGCUGGGUUUAGGAGAGACAGAUGAGCAAGUGUAUGAGACAAUGACAGCUCUCCGAGAAGCAGAUGUGGACUGUCUGACCCUUGGCCAGUAUAUGCAGCCAACUAAACGUCAUCUAAAGGUUGAAGAAUUUGUCACUCCUGAAAAGUUUAAAUAUUGGGAGGAAGUAGGCAACAAAUUAGGAUUCCUUUAUACAGCUAGUGGACCUUUGGUUCGGUCAUCCUAUAAAGCAGGUGAAUUCUUUUUGAAGAAUUUAGUGGAGAAAAGGAAGAAAAAAGUUGCUUAAAGUUUUUUUUUUUUUUUGUUUUUUUUUGGAUGAACUGGUGGACUCUACAACCAGAAUCGUGAUGUAGGAUCGAUGACAUGUGGGAAAAAUUUAGAAGGCCGAGGAGAAUGUAUAUGAUGGAUGUACAUCUUAUCCGGCAAGGAAUUUGUGAUGGUUUUUAUUGCUCUUGCAACUCUUCCGCCCAAAUGCCUGCAAACCUGUCUGCAACAUUUCUUCAAACAUUUGCAAUAAAUUGAGCGCAAUGCUUGUAAAAUGCCCUGCUUUAUACAAUCGUCCAUCUGAUCAGAGGAAGCUAGUGCAGUACUACUAGUGACCACUGGGGGGAUACACACGACCACAAUACAUACAGUAUGUGUAAAAUGCAUUUCCCAGAGUAAAUGCACACUGUCAUUACCUAAACAUGUCUUUGUAAACCCUGCCUUCUUCUGUAAUCUGGUGUUAUGGAUACAUGGACUGUGAACUCUCAUGCAGAAUCAAGUGCUGUGUUUUUAAUGUAAACGCUGGAAAUGUGUUAUAAUUAUGGGAAUCAUUCAGUAACCUUCGAGAAAGAAUCUUGCAAUUAGG